AUGAGUGACAGUAGCAGUACUUCAAAGAAGGAUAUAUAUAACAACCCUAUAGCCCCUAAGGAUAAAGGAAGAGGGACCCGUGUUAAUGGAAAAGAUUGGAAGCUACAGAAAGAUGCCAUGAGAGUGAGAUCUUUAGGAGGCAAUCUGACUUGGGAACAGAAAAAACAGAAAAGACUUGAAGAGCAAGCUAUAAAGGCAAAGAUAAGAGAACUCAAGGAGGAGAAAGAAAGCAUAAGAAAAAGCAAAAUUGAAGAAACCAAACGCCGCCAAAGUUUGAAGGAAGAAAAGGAAAGAUAUGAGAGAAUGGCUCAAGUAAUGCAUCGUAGAAAGGUCGAGAGACUUAAGAGGAAAGAAAAGAGGAACAAGCUGUUAAAAGAACGUUAG